CGGACAUAUGCAAGACGCGAUUAACAUUCCUUCCAAUUCCAAUGACAAGAGAACACACGAAUCGAAUGAACCUCAAAACAAAAAAUAUUGUUCUUCCUUCUCGCACAAUCGCCAUAAUCCUUCCGAGCAACCGUACGGCAGUACCAGUACAUGUAGAUUGCCGUGCUAUUAUCGAACAGAAUUCUAACGGUUAUCGAGUUCGACCAUAUUUAAAUUCUUCGGCGACACGGAGCAAACUCCAAUGGUUUGUAUGCUCGUAUACAAAACCGUAGGUAGCAUAAAUUUAUUCCCGCCCGUGCGACCUCCGAGUCGUCCACAAUUGUGUCUUGUACGGACACCAACGAAUGCAAUGCACGACAUGGGUGAUACUAGGCCGCAAACACGCGGGCCGGCCCGCGGGGCAGCUCGCAAAAACAGGACCACCACGGCAUUUGGCGACCGUCUCCGUGUUCCGAGUGCAUCCUACGGCAUAGCAUCGUAUCGCACCGUAGAGAUGGGUCCGUGCACCUUCGACCGAUGAGACCUACCGCAGACAGAGGCAUUGCAUGUGAAAGCCUGCACGCACGCUUUUUUAUUCGUUGUCGAUCCUUACGGGUGCCGGUCGUCUGCUUUACUAGUAUGUACACUACUGAUGUGCGAGUAGGUGUACCCAUACCCGCACCCGUACCAAUAAUCAGUCCUGACCGAUCCUCCAAAACCAGCCACCAUCGCGGAGCAUUAUCUCUCCUAGCAUUACUAUUAUCAUCAUCAUCUUCACCAUAGGGAGUCGGGUCUUUUGUAGCGUAGUCGGUGUUCUCCUUUCCACAUCAGCAACACAACAACAUGCAAUCUUCUAUCUCUGUAAGUAUACAAGAAAAGACGACUCGGCAGUGACAAUGGCAAACAGCAAAGAAGCGGGCAACAGCAACAACGCAACAACAACGAUGUCCUUUGGCACGAACGAACACGAGCGAAACCGAAAAAAGUAUUCGAUCGUACACCCAGUACUGAUUUCUACGCGAUUCCGGCGCAAUAUAUAUUUGUUUUAUAUGCAUUGCUGUUUCCACCAUGAAGGACACCGCACGGGAUACCAUCGCCACAAAACAAAAGCUUAUGAACGCGCACAUAGCGUAGAAGACACUGUUGCUUCCUUGUGCCCUUACGGGAACCCUGUGAAAGAAAGUAACCUGGGUUUCUUGUUCCACGGUAGCCAGAGCGCAAGACGAGCGGAGGAAAUAGUCUUUGCCGGCAGGCAGACGAUCAUUGAUGCACAUCGAUGGGCGCCUUGUUUCGAUCCAAGCAAAGCCAAUGUAUAAAACGCACGGCACUAUACUUUCAUAGCGCACCGCGGAACAAAUGAAUCUGAUUUUUGUUCGAUCGGUAUCGUUUCCGUUCUUCGCUGGUGAUGGAUUGGAUUCCGAUGCGUGUUCCUUGCCCUUGCCGGAAAUGUGAACCAGACCUGUUGUCUCUGUUUAGCUACGUUUGAUUUGGUGGUGUAUGGUGUAUCAUCMCAAGAGAUUGGCAGAAUUGAAUGAGUUGGCUGCCUUACAUUCUGCCGAAGGAUACCGUGGCUGGUGCCUCUUGUUCAUUGGAACCCAAGCGAAUAAAAUCCCAUAAAGUAGAUGUUGCGUGCUGCUGCUUCCAUUGUCCAUUUCCAAACCAUGACGGCUGUCGUUUUCGGUUUCUAUUCGAUUCGAAGGCUUCGAUUUGUUAACUAACCAACAACGUUUUUUUCUGUCACACGCCCACUUCGUUUCAUUCGCACUCUUCUUUUUACCUCGCAGAAAUACAGAAUCACCAAGCGC